AUGACCGGCGGCGGAGGCGACGGCCCCGACGGCGACCCUCCGCCGCCGCGGCGGCGCCCGCUGACGGUGCUCCCCCUGGUGGCGCUCAUCUUCUACGACGUCUCGGGCGGCCCGUUCGGCAUCGAGGACUCGGUCCGCGCCGGCGGUGGCGCGCUCCUCCCGCUCCUGGGCUUCCUCAUCCUCCCGGUCCUCUGGUCCCUCCCGGAGGCGCUCAUCACGGCGGAGCUCGCCUCGGCGUUCCCCACCAACGCCGGCUACGUGGCCUGGGUCUCCGCCGCGUUCGGCCCGGCGGCGGCCUUCCUGGUGGGCUUCUCCAAGUGGGCCUCGGGCACCCUCGACAACGCGCUCUACCCGGUGCUCUUCCUCGACUACCUCCACCUGGGCUUCUCGCCGCCGGCCCGCUCGCUCGCCGUGCUGGGCCUCACCGCGGCCCUCACCUACCUCAACUACCGGGGCCUCCACCUCGUGGGCCUCUCCGCCGUCGUCCUCACCGCCUUCUCCCUCUCCCCCUUCGUCGCCCUCACCGCGCUCGCCGUCCCCAAGAUCCGCCCCUCCCGCUGGCUCGCGUUUGACCGCUCCGCCGUCGACCCCCGCGGCUACUUCAACUCCAUGUUCUGGAACCUCAACUACUGGGACAAGGCCAGCACGCUCGCCGGCGAGGUCGACGAGCCGAGGAAGACGUUCCCCAAGGCGGUGUUCGGCGCCGUGGGGCUCGUCGUCGGCGCGUACCUCAUCCCGCUCCUCGCCGGGACGGGGGCGUUGCCGUCGGAGACGGCCGCGGAGUGGACGGACGGGUUCUUCUCCGAGGUCGGGCUGAGGAUCGGCGGGCCGUGGCUGCGCGUGUGGAUCCAAGCCGCCGCCGCCAUGUCCAACAUGGGGCUCUUCGAGGCCGAGAUGAGCAGCGACUCCUUCCAGCUCCUCGGCAUGGCCGAGCUGGGCAUGAUCCCGGCCAUCUUCGCCCGCAGGUCGCGGCACGGGACGCCGACGUACAGCAUCCUGUGCUCGGCGGCGGGGGUGGUGGUGCUGUCCUUCAUGAGCUUCCAGGAGAUCAUCGAGUUCCUCAACUUCCUCUACGGGCUCGGGAUGCUCGCCGUCUUCGCGGCCUUCGUCAAGCUGCGCUUCAAGGACCCGGACCUGCCCAGGCCGUACCGGAUCCCGCUGGGCUCCGCCGCCGCCGCCGCCAUGUGCGUCCCGCCCGUGGUGCUCAUCGGCACCGUCAUGUGCCUCGCGUCGGCCAGGACCGUCGUCGUCAACGCCGCCGUGGUCGCCGUCGGGGUCGCCGCCUACUUCGGCGUCGAGCGGCUCAAGGGCACCGGCUGGGUCGAGUUCCUGGCGCCCCUGCCGCCGUCCUCCGAUAGCUCCCACAGCUCGUCGUCUGCCGGCGACGACGUCGAGGAUGUCCGCGCCGGCCUCCUCCUCGCGGCCGCCGUGGAGCAGGAGGAGGAAGAGGAAGUGGCAAGCAAGGCCGAGUAGCAGGAAGCGGUGGCAUGCUGUAUACGUAACACUUGUUGUACAAUAGCUUCAGUAAAUACAGUGAAAUGUGGAUUUUCCGAAAUCUGAAAACUCUCAGCUUGAAUGACAGAGACGUAGAAUUGAUUGCACCUUUGUAAGAUCUGAGCCAAGUCAGUCAGCUUCCGUUUCUCACCACCCCAGUAAAUUACAGUUACUCUGCAGUGCAACUGCAAGUCUGCAGCUAGAAAACUGUUGUGUAAUAACAAGGGUGGUAUGUUCCAUUCUUUAGCAGCAGCUGCUAUGCUGCUGCAGAUUUCAGAAGCAGCAAAUAAGUUCUGAAGUUC